AGGAGGAAGCUGUGCGUGGUGGAAAGGGGGUCUUCAGAGAGAUUUGUAGUGAAGACGAAGAGUUGCAGCCCACAGAAAUCGAGAGUUUGUGCAUGAACUGUUAUCAAAAUAGAUUUAUGUAGACAAUAAGACAAGGGACAUUUUUGUUGAUGACAGCCAUCAGGAAGCAUUGGACUAUCAGUAAAACAACAAGACUUAAAUAUAUGUAUAUAUAUUUCCCAGUAUUAUGAAAGAAUGACAAUACCUGCGAACUAUGAGAGUGAAGGAGGGUGUGUGAGACAGCAUCACAGGUUCUGUUCCUUUUGUAAUGCAGUGCUUCCCUCCAGUGGACAACUAGAAAUAGGAAGCACGCGCAUGCUGUUGACAAAGAUUCCAUUUUUCAAGGAGAUUAUCAUUAGCUCUUUCACGUGCCCCCACUGCUGCUGGUCCAAUACUGAAAUACAGUCAGCGGGCCGCAUUCAAGACCAGGGGAUCACAUACACGCUUAAAGUCAGAUCCAAACAGGAUAUGAAUCGUGAGGUUGUGAAGGCAGACAGUGCGACAGUUAGGAUUCCAGAGCUGGAUUUUGAAAUCCCAGCUUUUACGCAAAAGGGCUCUCUUUCUACAAUUGAAGGCCUGAUUGGCCGGACUGUGGCAGGUUUGGAGCAGGACCAGCCAACGAGGAAGGCAACAGCUCCAGAAGUUGCAGCAAAAAUUGAUGAAUUUAUGGAAAGGUUGCAGAAGUUGAAAGAUGUCAAGAGUGAAUUCACUUUGGUGAUCGAUGACCCAUCUGGUAACAGUUUUGUGGAGAACCCGUUCGCCCCUCAGAAAGAUGACGCGCUCACCGUCGCCCACUACAAGCGGACGCCGCAGCAGGACGCUCAGUUGGGCGUGAAGAGUGAUGAGAAGGAUGAAGAGAAACCAGGCAAUGACAUAGUGAGCAUGAGGAAUGAGGUAUUGGUGUUUAACACCAAUUGUCCAGAAUGCAAUGCCCCAGCAUCAACAAACAUGAAGCUUGUGCAAAUCCCACAUUUCAAAGAGGUUAUUAUCAUGGCGACGAACUGUGACAGCUGUGGGCAUCGUACCAAUGAGGUAAAAUCAGGUGGGGCAACCGAAGAGUUGGGAACGAGGAUAACCCUUCGUCUCACUGACCCUUCAGACAUGACCAGAGAUCUGCUCAAGUCAGAGACAUGCUGCAUCCUCAUUCCCGAACUCGAGUUCGAGCUCGGCAUGGCAGCUCUCGGAGGGAAGUUCACCACCUUAGAAGGACUCCUUAAAGACAUCAGGGAGCUGAUUGUGUCAAAGAACCCCUUCACUUGUGGGGAUAGUUCGACACCAGAACGGACAGAAAAACUGGAAAUUUUUGGUGAGAAAAUUGACAAGAUUAUUGCUGGAGAAAUGGAGGGCCAUAUCAUUCUGGAUGAUCCAGCUGGCAACAGUUAUCUUCAGAAUAUUUAUGCCCCAGACCCAGAUCCAGAGAUGACAAUUGAGAAGUAUCAGCGAACUUUCGAGCAAAACGAAGACUUGGGUUUAAACGACAUGAGAACCGAAGGCUACCAGGAGGAAGCCAAGGACUCGUAGCUAAAUUAUUAAGGAAUGGGUGGGGAGAGCUCACCCCGUAAUGUGAAACUUCACUGCGUGUCACAUUUUAACACGUUACGUUUCCUUUGACUUGACAAAAAUGAAUCUGUCAAACGUGUAAGAGUAUAAUUCUCUUGUAAUGUUAAUGUUACAAUACUUUUUUUGACAAAUAUUUCCUUAAGCACUUGAAUAUGCAUCUAUGAGCUAAAUUAGUAGUCGCUUCAAAGCAGUUGAAUCUUGCUUCCAUAAAUGCAUUAAGUAUUUUUCCACUGUAGUAUCAUAUGACUGUUCUUUUAUUUACCACCAAGAUUCUGUUAAGAUGAAGAUAAAGUGGGCUUAAAAAUUAAAAAUAGAAUGCCAUUAACAGUAAUUGAGGGCUAGUUGAUCAUAUUUUUGUUUCUUGUUUAAUAUCCUAGGAACACUAUGCUGUAAUUUACCAGUCAGCACCUUUAUGUGAAAAGCCAUUUAACUCCAAAUUUGUGAGCAUUUGGUGCUAAUUUCCUUUUGUUUAAUCAUUGAGUGGCGUAAACUGCCUUAAAGGUAUUGUUUGUGUAAACUACCAGUGAAUAUGUUCUGACAUGCCCAGGUGCAAGGGAGGGCAAUAUUACUUUGUUUCUGAUGGAAUUGUUUUACCAUUAAAAGAAAAUCAAUUGCCUCAA